GUCAAUUUGGCUGCCGGAAUGGUGCAAAUUAUUACAGCUCAGUCUGUAGUUGAAAUGAUUUUCUCGGUCAUUUAUCUGGCUCUAUUAAUUUCACAACUAUUCAUAUUGGCCUGGAGUGCUAACGAAAUUAAUGUUCAGAGUUCCAAUAUUUCGAAUGCGAUUUACGAAAGUAACUGGAUGGAUCAAAGCGAGUCCACAAAAAAGACCAUGCUUAUUAUGAUGAUGCGAGCACAGAAACCAUUGUCAUUAACCAUUGGACCAUUUGGACCGAUGAAUUUGGACGCUGGAAUAAUGACGUUGAAAGGAGCUUACACUUAUGCAGGAGUUAUGCGUCAAACUUACAGUUAAAGCGACUUAAUAAAAAUUAAAAACUAAUUUUGCUAGUUGACACGUAGGUAAAGAAAAAUUGAAAAAUAUUUUGUUUCUUAAUAAAACUAUCUAAUA